AUGGCGUCGACUUCUCAGGAAUCGACCGCACCGGGAACUCCCAAGAAACCGCCCGGCAGCCGUCCGCGAAUCUCUGGCGUAAAGCAGGCAUUCGCAACUGUCAUUGUCGGCGAGGCCAAAGCCGAGUUCGUCGUUCAUGAAGCACUUCUCACUCAUUAUUCGGAGUUCUUCCGCGCAGCUCUUCUAGGCAGAUUCCAGGAAGCCGAGACCAAGACUGUCACGCUGAAGGAUCAGAACCCGGUUACAUUCGAGAUCUUCAUCCAUUGGCUUUAUCAUCAACGCUUUCCUCAUGCAGGCUAUGGCGAUGACAAGGACUUGGUCGCCCUGUACGGAGACCCAAUGGCGGAGAACGGGGUCUCUGCCGACGCGCAUAGGACCAAGACGCAGGUUCUAGUGCGGCUCUAUGUGUUUGGAGAUGCUCACCAGGCUGUGAGAUUCAAGAAUGAUGCCUUGCGUACGCUGUUCGCGCAUCUCAAUGGCAAGAAGCAUCAUGUUCCUUGCCCAUCGACGUACACUUAUGCGUUCAGCCGGCUAGCAAACACCGACGCGCUGUGUCGUCUCUUGGUUGACCACCACUGUCUUAGAACAACAAGCUACUCCUGCGAUGUUGACGAUGGCAAUUGUCCUUUCGAUACCAACUUCCUCUUCGAGGUAGCAAAGCGAUGGGUCUGUUUGGUUCAUGGUAAACCGCAGACAAAUGUCUACAGCUACAGCCUUACUAUGACGGACUACGUGGUGAAAGCGAUGUGA